CAAAAGAUCCCAGUAGUUAUUGGAGGAGGAUCUGGAGGGGUUUGCUGUGGAGCCAGUGGCGGCGGCGCAGUAUGCUGUGGAUCAUCCGGCGGUGGCGGUGGCGGCCAGUCUUCUGGGUCUUGCGUUGGAGGUGGAAUGGGUGGUGGAUAUGGAGGUGGCCAGCAAAAGAUCCCCAUAGUAGUUGGUGGAGGAUCUGGAGGGGUUUGCUGUGGAGCUAGCGGCGGCAGAGGCGGUGCAGUGUGUUGCAGCUCCUCUGGCGGUAGUGGCAGUGGCGGUGCCGUUUGUUGUAGCUCAUCCGGUGGCGGAAGCUCAGGUGGGGUCAAGGUGAUUGGAGGAGGAUCCGGUGGAGGAUCCGGUGGAGGAGGUGGAGGAUCAGGUGGGAAAACCAUCAUCAUAGGCGGAGGAAGUGGUGGGGGAUCUGGUGGUGGAGUGUGUUGCAGCUCCUCUGGCGGAAGUGGCGGUGGUGGUGCAGUUUGUUGUAGCUCAUCUGGUGGUGGAAGCUCAGGUGGGGUUAAGGUUAUUGGAGGAGGAUCUGGUGGAGGAGGUGGAGGAUCAGGUGGGAAAACCAUUGUCGGCGGUGGUGGUGGAGGAGGAGCUGUGUGCUGCAGCAGCGGCAGUGGCGGAGCUGUGUGCUGCAGCAGCGGCAGUGGUGGAGCUGUCUGUUGCAGCAGCGGUGGGUCUGGAGGCGGAUCCUCACAGACCAAGUGCCCCAUUGUCGUCCCACCAUGCAUCGGGCAAACAAAGCAGGUCUGCCCAUUUCCAAGCAUCAAGUGAAAUGCAACAUUUGCCAAGCAACCCAAGAAAAUCUAACUUUGCUAGCUCGCAUCAGCAUCCUGACAACAAC